AUGAUGUUCUUCAAUGCGCCGAGCCGAGACUGGCGCGGGUUGGGGCGGUUCAAGGAACUGGAGUGGAGGAGCGAGCAGGAGGCGCUGCCCUUGCUCGACAAGAUGCGGGGACUGCGCGAUCUGGAGCUGGAAUGGGACGACAAUUGGGUGUACGUGGGUCCCCACUUCCUUUCGUGUCCGGGGCUCGACCACGACGUGGACUACUUCUACCAGCUCGACGACGAGCCCCGGAGCGGCGCGGCCCUCGCCUCGGUGCUGCGGGACGAGCAGAGGGACUUCACCGUGGACGAGCGCGAGAAGCAGGUCCUCUACGACAACGCGCGCCACCAGAUCAGCAAGUGCGACGUCCUCUACGCACGCCUCACCGACCAGAAGGACUGCUUCUGGGCCUUUGUCGAGAUUGGCAUCGCUGCCGCCCUCGGAAAGCGGGUGUACAUCGACUGCCCGGUGGAGUCUCACGACACCUGGCUCCUCCCCCACCUCUCCGAGCAAUCGAAGGGCACCCGGGAGGAAUACGUGGCCAUCCCGUGGGCGCUGUACAAACACUGA